AUGACCGACGGGCCAUUGAAGCAGAAGCUCCAAUCAUGCGAGAACAAGCCGGUCACCAUUAAUCAAUUCUCAAUCGGUCACCGUGGGGGCGGUACUCUUCAGUUCCCUGAGGAGACCCAGCAAUCCGAAGACGCAGGUGCUCGUAUGGGUGCUGGUGUCCUGGAGUGUGAUGUUUCGUUCGCUAGUGACCGUGGGCUUGUCUGCCGUCACUCGCUUUGCGACCUACACACGACCACCGACAUCCUGCUUCGCCCUGAGUUGGCAAAGAAGUGUACCAUUCCGUUCACCCCAGCAAACGCGACAUCACCCGCCAAUGCUCUUUGCUGUACCUCAGAUAUCACCACCGCCGAGUACAGCAGCCUUUGCGGCAAGCAGGACGGCUUCAAUGCCUCUGCUCGCACACCUCAGGACUACCAGUAUGGCACUCCUACCUGGCGUACAGAACUUUACGACACCUGUGGCAAGGUUUUGACUUUGAAUGAAUACAUCGAUCUUGUCAAUGAGUAUCCCGGCUAUCGCAACUUCACCCCCGAGCUGAAGACCCCGCCCGCCCAGGUCCCCAUGCCUUUCAAGGGCUACACACAGCAGCAGUACGCUCAGGACAUGGUCGAUGCUUUCCGCAACAAGUCCAUCGACUACAGCCGCAUCUGGCCACAAUCAUUCACAUACGACGACAUCAUCUUCUGGCUCAAGUACGACCACGAAUUCGGUAAGCAAGCCAUCUACCUUGUCGAGUACGACACACCCGAGGACAUCGCAGCCGGCAUCUCCAACCUCACUAUCGCCAAAGCUGCAGGCGUGAACAUCAUCGGUCCCGCUCUUCCCAUGCUCCUCACCGUCGGUGGACCUCAGAACAAGACCAUAGUGCCGUCUGCGUAUGCCAAUGCAGUAAAGGCUGCUGGUCUCGAUAUCAUUGCGUGGACGUACGAGCGCUCUGGGCCUCUGGCGACAGUGAAGAGCCGUGGCGAGUACUACUUUGAGUCUAUUGCGAAUAUCACGUACUAUGAUGGGCAGUACUAUGAGGUGCUGGAUGUGCUGGUUAAUCAGAUUGGGAUUAAGGGGUUGUUUAGUGAUUGGUCGGCAACGGUUACAUAUUUUGCUAAUUGCUUUGGGUUGAAGGGGCCGGUUGGAGGUAGCUACAAAUAG